AGCCCGUUAACGGGUUUUGCCAUCCCUAAACAAGAUCCUUAAUUAUCAUAAGUCGUUUAAGCCUCACAGUCGGACAUGUUCAGCAUGCCGGUUUACAUGAAAUUGCCCGGAUCCCAUCCUUAUUCGUUUUCCCGACCUUGACAUUGACUGCUCACUCUCAUACUGUACUCGACAUCCGCACUUCCUCUCUCCGUCGCUCGCUAGGGAACAGCCAUGGACGACCUCCCGUUGCAGAAAAUCGCAGUGUCGGGCCCAACCCUAGCCUCCAUGAUCCAACGCCUAUCCACCUCACCCGGCGACUUCGACGGCCUCCUCUUCGGCCGCGUAGCUCACGAACUCCCCUGCAAUCUUCCCGACGACGACCCUUCCUCCGCUCCUUCCGAUGACCCUUCCGCCCUCGUCGCCACAGUCACGGGCUUCUUCUGCUCCACUGCCACCACCUCCUUCUACGAUUCCGCGGGCCGCCUCCGCUCCCCCGUUCUUCGCCGCGUCCUCGCCGACCGUGCCCCCGGCCUCUCCCUUCUCGGUUGGUUUUCUGGUCGCCGUAGAACCCCUCUUCGUCCUUCAAUGAGGGAGUCCUUGGUCUCCCAUUCUCUUUCUUCGGCGUUCCAGUCGUCUUUUCCUCUCGGCAACUCUCUCGAUUCCUUCAAUUUCAGGCCUUGCGUGUUCAUUCUCCUCGCGACUCCCUUAUCCGAGCAGAUAAUCCACACGCACGAGUACCGCGCCUACCAGUAUAGUCUGUCUACGGAUUCUUUUGAUCCCAAAUCGAUAAAUAUUAUCAAUCUUGGCCCUGCUUUUCGUGGGCAUUAUGGGGCGUUCAACCCUUGUUCUCCGUUUCCAGCAUUGUCCUGUGAAUUGAGGAGUUCAAGCUCGGUAAUGGUGGAGGAUAAGGAUGAGGAGAGUGUGAGUCAUAUGAAGCAGAUGUCGAAGGACCAGCAGGAGCUGGAUAUGUGCGCAAAGGGAUUUCAGAUUGGGAAUUUGAGUCGAUUAAUGGGUUCGGAUGCUGCAAAUUAUAUGUCAGGAGUGGAGGACUUGUAUGAGAAGAUGCUUGUGAAGCUGGAGGGAUUGGCCCGGCUUGUUGAGCAGUCUUCAGCAAAAGUUCUUGAGCAGGAAAAUCAAAACAUGAGGUUAAGGUACAAAGUUGCUGCUUUGGACUAAUGGUUUAAUGCUUCCCCAAUGUUUUUGUAUGAUGUGAGCAGGCACACAUUCAAGUAUUCCAGUGAAUACGUGACAAACCCUAUAAUCACAAGGUGGCUAUCGAUGCAUCAUCAUUUGGCUGAGUUUCUUUGUUGGCUGUUGUGCUGCAGAUGGCUGGUUAUUUUGGAAUUGCCGUUGGUGCUUCUUGUGUUUGGUGGUUUUUAAGAUGAGACGUGUAUUAGCACAAGGGUGUAUAGUUGUGGGAACUGCUGUUUGUAACUUCAUGCAUUUGCAAUUUUUGGGGUGUUCUUUAAAAUAGGGAAUGCUUUAAUACCUUCUCUUCUAUUCUAUUCAAUUGUGUGCAUGUAUUUUUACCCCCCCAUGAAUGACUCUUUUCUGUUCGUUUUCUUUCCCCUGAUUCUGUAAUGAGUGCACCUUGGUUUUAUUUUCAUUUUUUGAAAAUUGAUUGUAUUUCGUUAGAAAA